GUAACAGAAUGUAUAUCCACGCAAACAUAUACACAGCUUGGCUCAUUCUAAUUCUAGAAGGUAAGUGUUAAAAUCCUUUGCUUUUAAGAAUGGGAUAUCUAAUUAAUUCCUUUAUCUGAACAAGGAAUUACCUGCAGCAUUCUGAAUAUGGAGAGUUGCUUGGAUCGUUUCAUGCCGAUGUUAAAUUUUUGUAGAUAAAAAGAACGUGAUAUGUUGAAAAAUACCUCGUUACGUGUCUCUCUACUAUAGUUUUGCUCGAUACAAACAAAAAAUUCAGGAUCACAAUGAGAAUGAAAAGAAAUAUUUCUGAGUGAGUUACUAAUAUUUACGGAAAACACAAGUAUUUUGUUAUUGUUUCCUCGAGUGCCUGGUAUAAAAUUGACAAGGUAUUUUAAAAUGCUUUGGUCAUUUGGGUUCGGGUAAAAAUAUGAAUUAUAUUUUCGCUUAUCAAUUAUCACGUGACGACAUCGAUAACGCGACCUCCAAUUUCUAAUUUCUAAUUUCUGUAUACUUUUCAGUAUCACUCAUAGUCAUAAAAACCUCAAUAUAACGAACCUCUAUAUAACGAAGUCCUCGGUAUAACGAACGAUUUUCUUUACUUCAGUGCUAGUAAAAUAUGUGAAAAAGAACCUUGAUAUUAUGAACCUCGUUACAGCGAACAAAUUUUGUCAGUCGCUUGGCCCUUCGUUAGAUCAUGGUUCCACUGUAACUAUCAUUAAAACACACCUACUGCAAUCAAGUUAACGGAUUAGUGAAAUAAGAAAAAAACCUUUUAUCCCAUCACCAUCGCUAAGAGAAUCUCCGACCAUGUUUUUGUUCACCUGGACACUUGACUUGAGCUCCUUUGUCAGGUUCAACAACCAUUCAGGAAUGCAGUCAAACCCCGUUAGUUAAUACGGAUACUGAGGGGCCAUAGAAAGCGUCCGUAUUGAUGGAGUGUCCGAUUCAAUUAAGCGGGUUGAAUUGAGGGAAAAUUUGAGGGCUUACUUCUCCCAGAGGGACAGAAAAACUGUCCUUAAUAACGAGGUGUCUCUCCGUAUUAAGCGGGUGUCAAUAAAGUGGGUUUCGACUGUAUAACCAUCUUUAGAAAUGGAACUUAUAAUUUACUCUUCGGAUUUCUUAUUUUUAAGCACCAGAACAUAAAAGGACCUUUUAUAUGCUUUUGUUUUAGGUUAGUCAUUUGCAUGUCAUCGUUUGUUGUGGUAAGACAGUUUCCGGGAUAACUGACGUACGGUUCUAUCGUUCUUUCAACAAUUUAAUUCGUUUCUUCUCUUUUACUUUUUGUGACGUACAAAUUCAAGAAGAUUUGCGGCAAACAUCAUUUUCUUUAAGUUAGUUGAUUGAUGGAGAUACUUGGACCAUCACUGAUGUCAUCGAUGCCAUUUCCUAUUGGCAAGCCUGAUGUAGAUAGCAAGCAAUGAAAAUAACCACAAGUCAGUGUUUAUGUGACAUUUGACAGGUUAUAAUAAAACAUACAAGGAACGAAGACUCUGUAAAGAAAAAAAAAUUAUAUUGCUUUAUUUGUGUCGGAAAAGUGUAACAAAUUGCUUUUCCAGAAUCGAUAGGUAAAGAAAAGAUGGAAUAAUUCUAAAUAAUUGUAAACGGGUAUUAAUAUGUUUAUGUUAAAUUAUUAAUUAAAAUAAAUAAUAAGAGGAAGUUAAUGACAGUAAGCAGAUUCAUGAAGGAAAUUAAACAUAGCUUUCCCCAUUCCUAAGGGUGAAACAAUCUGUUAUACUCUUUUGUUCAUGUUCUAUUUUUUUCUGUUUUAUUCUAUAUCCGAUGGGCAAAAGAAUAAGAAAAGAGCUUUUCCUAUGUAUGCUAUGUAAAUUUUCCCUUUUUUUUCACAAGCUAUUUGUUUUUGUGUUCUAAUUAGGUAUUUUGAGCAUUCUAAUUACGGACAAAAAUUACCACUCAACAAACUGAAUGUUUGACCUUUUUCACUUGCAAGUGACACAACCUUCUAGACAACAGCAUAGAAAUUAAAGCUAAUGUGACUCCUGAACAAUUACCUAUAGUAAAAUUGCAAAGUCAUUGCAUUUCUUAAUGUUUCUUUCCUAAUAUUCUAAAAUUAGAAUGGCCAUGGAAGAUCGAAAGAACCCUUCUUCAUUCAGUCACUCUCGAAUGUUUUCCUUAGCCUUUCCUUUACAGGGAUACAAGUCUUUGUUUUAUAUGUCUAUCUGCAAUAGUAACCCUAAGGAAAAAAUAUUAUAUAUUAUAGUCUGUGAACAGGCUAUCUCUUUGGGGGAAAAAAUAGCGAGGAAAGGGAAGGGAAAGGCGGGGAGAGAGAGCCUGCGUAGCAGGCCCAAGAAAGAACGGGCACGUAAGAGGGAGACACGCGAGGAGACUCCCCUCGCGUGUCUCCCUCUCUCGCGCUCGUUCUUUCUUGCGCCCACUACUUCCAAGCGCAUGGCACGCAGGCUAUUUGUCCACAGCCCUUUUCGCUUUUCCCUUCUCCUCAGUUCCCCGCUCGUCCAAAGGCCUGUUCACAGGCUAUAUAUACUAUAACCCUCGUUUCCGCGCUACUCUCCCCAGAUCAUCCCGCGCUACCGCCAUUUUAGAAGAAGGUGUAUAAAAAGUACUUGUGAAAGAUACUGUCUAAUCCUUAUUCUCUAAUUAUUUUGAAUUGGUUCAGUAUAUAAAACAAAUUUCAGAAGAACACUUUAUUGACAAUAACCUUCUUGCAUUUUAUAUGUUAAGGGGUAAUGUAACUCAGAUGCAAAAAAAGCCUCUCAAGGGCCUGUAUAAUAUAUAUCCAGCAUAAAACUGCAGUAUUGACAAUUUUAAGCAAAAGAGCUGUGCCAGUUGACCUGUCCUACCGAUAAGAGAACAAACUCCUCAGACCCCGUAAUCGUAGCGUGGAACCCCGUUAACGCGGUCACUCAAUGGGCCAAAAAAAUUUGGCCGUAAUAACAAGGUGACCGUAUUAAUGAGGGUUUCUUUACUAGAAAAUGUACGGUCGUUUUUGCCAGGAGGCCAAAAAAGCACAAACUGACAAACCACAAAGAACUGCAAAAAAAGUGGCCGUAAGGCGGGCUUCCUUGGUAUUUUCAACAAUCCUAUAUUUUAUCUCGUUCUAAUAGGUCUAACAAGGUGCUCUGGUCAAGAGGGAGAGCUAACAAGAUUUCUUCUGAACACUACUCACUACAACAACAAGUUUAGACCGGUUAAAGACGAUAACACCACAGUAAAUGUCGAGCACGGUUUGAUUUUGCACAGGAUAGUUAAAGUAGUAAGUUGCAAUUGCUUUGAAAUACAGUAUGUUGUGUUUUGGCAAGUUAAGCGACUUCUUUAAAUCCCAUCCAAAGUCACAGAAACAAUCGCCUUGGCCUACGGGACACCAGAAAACUUUCUUGAGGGAACAACAUCAAGAGGUUCUGCCGUCAAACCCGGCUUACAUAACGCCGGGUAAUUGAUGCUGCGAACUUGUUUCGGUUUGUGCAUAAUGCACUGAAACUAUUUUACUUUCGUUUCUGACAAGGCGAUUGGACCUUUGAACUUCGGAUUCAUGCCUUUUACUAACCUGAGUAUCAGGUCUUCCUUAGGGGUAAGGGGAGAGGAAAUUUUAGAGGGGAGGGGGGAGUUUCUCUCUCUCUCCUCUUUUCCCUUCUCUCUUCCCCCUUUCCCCCAGAGACGACUGAUACUCCGCCCAGCCUUUUACUAGUCAUCUUACUGUUUGGUAUAGCAUUUUACUGAGAUUACCUUAUUGGUACUUAAUUUCGCGAGGUUUUAAUUUCGUGAUUUUAACACUCAAAUAUGAAAAGGCCAUUAAAUCUCGCGAUUUAAGCGUUCUCAACUUCAUUUUAUUUUUAAAAGAGUCUGAAAGUUUCCAAAUUUCUGGGUAAACUGAAAAAACAGUAAGUGAAAGCUUUACAAAUUAACGUUAUUUCAUUUACUGAUACAUAACACGGUAUCAUGUAUAUGUUGUUGCUAUUAGAAGUCCAUUUUUUUUCCUGUGAUUUGAAUUUGCUAUAUGAGGAUUUGAUUUCGCUGGUCUUUAUUCUCGCGAGUUUUUUACAAUCGAGAAAAACGCGAAAUUAAAGACCCGCGAAAUUAGUACCAAUGAGGUAGUAGCUUUGUAUGGAAUGCUAUUUGCCCCGCCACGUACGAAUUUUCUGUCAGUUGUCCCUGUUACAAUUUUCUAAUUUGCCACGCCUUAGUUUCUUGCUAGAAGAGGCCUCUUUUUCCUAGUAUUCAGGGAAAAGAGGCCUGUACUAGCAGGGGAGGCUUUCAUCGCCCCAAAUAAGGGAACUGUCUUGGAUUCUGGAUUCCAGGAACUGGAUUUCGGAUUCCUUAUCAGUGAGACUUGGAUUCCAGAUUCAUUGAGCUGAAUUCUGAAUUCCAAAGCCUCGAAAAACUGAAUUCCACAAGAACAAAUUUCCUGGAUUUACCUUACAUAGGGCGACUUUCAAAAGAGAGCAGGCAUUUUAAUUUCAUGUUCGGUUUAGAUUGCUCCUUGUACUAGUAAUAAAAGGAAUCAGAACACCAUUCAACGUGCUAAUUUACCAUUUUUUCCAGUUAAAUACAUAUUUUUUUUCUUUUCCUCUUCAGGAAGAAAAACACCUUAGGAUUGCUUUAGAUGUGAUAAUUAAAAUGGUAAGGCAUGAAUAUUAGUAAAUAAAUAAAUCUCUCCAAAUUCAAUUCGAAGGAGAAUGAAAAAUAAGCGGCAGUACGCAAAAGUAGAGUGGGAGGAGUGUCGGCACUGCUGAAAUCAUGCGAAUAGGCCAUUUCUGAGUUCCAAAACUGUCACUGUUAAACCAAGGACAAGUGUAAAAACAUUCUUGUGAAAAUGAAUUUUAUUUGCUUGAGGAUCAAAAAUCAUUUUCAUGGCUUUGCACUUAGCCUUGCUAUGAAACAGAGGCUUGAAGAAACUCCCAAAUAGCCCAUUGACUGAUGCGCCACCGUUAUCAUUUUUGAGGGUCGGCGUGGUAGAGUGGUUUCGGCGUUUGACGUUUUUUUUUUAUACAUCUUUGGUUCAGGUUCCGCUCUGACCACUAACUGGAGCUCUCUCGUGGUACUCCCGAGUUCAUCGAUCACUUUUUGGGAUAGCCAAGAGAGGCUUCACUCUCAGUUCUGUUGGCUUUUUAACCAUAUUAUUAUACAAUAAUCCUAACAUGUAAGAAAUAAUUCUCCUCUCGUCACUAGACUGUUAAAUAAUUUAUUUCAGCAAUGGAGGGAUGAAAAUUUAAAGUGGGAUUUUUCUCAAUUUGGCGGGAUAAAACAGAUUAAUUUGGGCAAUACAGAUAUCUGGACGCCGCAGAUUAUUUUAUACAACAGGUAAGAAGACAUUUCAUUCAUCACUUUAGAAAAGAAAAAGGAACUGGAGCUCAAAUCAGUCUCGCCAUUGUUUCUAUGAUCGUUACUUAACGGGACGCGCCAGUCAGCCAUCGGCCAAUUUCUUUCCCUAUUCCUUAUGUAAUAGAGAGGAAAGGGGGAGGGGGGGCUUAUUUGAGAGGGUAGGGCUUAUUUAAUUUAGAAACGACGAUACUAUCGGUUCUCCAUAAAGAACUAGGAUACAAAGUGGAGAAGCUCAAGUACAAGACGUUUUAGGUCAUGCAGCCGAGCAUCAGAAUCAAAUCCGAACUUCCAGUUGACAAACAUACCAUCCCGGAUCAGUCCACACGAAGUUUUACGGUCGUGAUUAAUUAAUACAGUCUAUCAUUUAUUAGUGAAGAAUAAUUAGGGGUGAUGAGGGAGGCUUAGUAGAGAAGGGGGCUUAUGAACUUUCUUCCCCUGAAAAGGGGGGGCUUAAUAUAGGAUUUACGGUAAUACGGGCACCCGGAUAAUACACACAUUAUGGCAUGUCCCCUUAGUGUCUGUAUUAACCGGGUUCCACUUUAGUCCCAGAAGUCUUUGAGAACUGCACAGUUUCCUUCUCGUUUCUAAAGUGGCGAAGCUGUUUCACGACAUAAAUUUUGUUUAAUAAGUUUUGCCAGAUUCUCGGUAUUAAACUUAACAGCAGCGCCGGGACGAAAUGCCUUCUAAAAGAUAAAAUUACAACAUCCAUGAGAAACAACCUGAGCAUUAUAAUUCAAAGUUAAAACCAGUUCCAAAUAAUCCGAGACUCAGUAACACAUAGCUUCUUAUAAACAAAGUCUCUUCCUAUUUUAUUGAAUUUUGUUCUGGUUUCUUGUCUGCGCCUUUGUCGAUGGAAAAAAAAUAGUUUUGUUCAGAUCUCUUGGCGUUAAUUGCCUUCCUUACAAUAGGACAAUUGCACGAUGACGACAUUUGACUACAACUACCAGAAUUCAAUUCGGUUUUGCUUUGUUAUUUAAAUUUGUCAAUCCCGCUGAGGAUUAAGGAACAAUAGCCUUAAUUCGCACAAGAAAACAACAAACUCAAGGAUUCUGGUAGUUGUAGUAAAAUGACGUCAUCGUGCAAUUGUCCUAUUUAGAGAGAUCCAGAAUCACGUUCACCUAAACGCCCAUGAUUUGUACCACGUGACCGUUUUUACCGUUUACUUGUCGUUUACUGUUUAUUAUGUCCACACAAAAAUUAGUAGUUUCAUGUCAAGCGCAUCCAUAUUAUUUAUAUUCACUUAUAAUAUUUAUUUUUAAUUAUUUUGGACAGUUUUUAUUCAACCAUUUCUUAAUUUGACAAACUGUCAAAUUGAACUAUCUGAUGUUUGCCGUUUGCCGUAAAUGUGAUUUGAAAACUCUCUAUCAUAACGUCUUUAGUCUGCGCGCGAAUAAUUUUUGGUUGGUAACAGCAGCAAACUCUCUCCGAUCCUUUUUCUUGGUCAGAUUUACUUGAAUGGUUAGCGGCCUGGGAACCAAGUAUGAAGCGGGCAAGAAAGCAGCUUGUGAUAUAACCCCUCCCUCCCCCCCCCCGCCCCCGCCCCCGCCCCCCCAAAAAAGGCGAGGAAGCCAUCACAAUUCCAGUCUAAGUCCCACGUGAUGAAGAAACCAGAGCCAGCCAAAAACCACAGAUUAAGGCCGUGCAUUUGACUUCUAACGCAUAUGCAAAUAUCUUUUGCCAAAACACGUGAGACAGGCUCGUUUUAUGCAUUGUUAGGUUUUGUUUUCCUCAUAUCCGCUUAAUAUUCAGCCAAGAAUCAGCGCUUGAGCCUUUUAAUAGAGUUCUUGCCACCAGAGGACGUGAAAAAAUUAAAACCGAAAACAAUUAGAUUGUAGGGGUCUGUUACUAUAUUGUGUUAAAUUGUUACCAGAAUUGGAGCAAGCUACGUCUUUUAAUGAAUAUGCUGAUGAACCAUCGGGUGACAAAAUCAAAAUUGAUAAGGGAAAACAGCUUACUCCGCUCGAGAUUUAUUAUCGUUAAGUAGAAAAAAAAUGCAUAGGUCUGUUACCAGAUUCUCAACUCAUUGAUAAGUACUUACUAAUCGGAGCAAAUGGUCUCUCUUGUAAAAUAAUUGACGAAAACUCAAUACUUUAGUCCAUAAUUACAAGUUGUGGCGCAAUACCCCGGAAGCUUGAAAAUGGCUAGUAUGAUCUUAACAUUAUAUUGCCACCUUACAAAAGGUUGUGACUUGGCCGAACAUAACAAAACAGAAACGUGAUUAAUGAGAACAAGAGCGAUAUUUACACAGGAGUAACUAUCAGCGUGGUAAGCUCUUUUUCUAAAGUUUGUAUAAUCUACCAAACGUGUUUGACAGUUGAAUUAAUUGCACACAUCCCAAACCUUGACGAAGUACGCCGGCUUCACGGAUAGACGCUGAAAUGGCUUUCCUUGGGCUUAUACUGUUGUUCAUAGAGUGUUUUCUCGGUGGCUUCCUCAUAGCGUACUUUCUAUGUUCUGACGGCGGAUCGUGCAAAACCAACGUUUUCCUUGAGUCAGGGAAAGACAACGAAAAGGAGGAUGAACUGACAGAAGUUACAGUUGAAACCAACGGUCCUGAACAGUUCGAAAAGAUAAGUUCAAACGAUGCAAAGCAGCAGCUUGAGGAUUAGUAAAAAGACAAUAACGAGAGCGAGGAACUUCAAACAGAUUGUAAAGCGAGCGAAGACGAACAAAAAGAGGCACACCAAGAAAUCACCGGGAAGGAUUAACUUUAACUGACUGAUGUGCUCAAAAUCGUUCAUUAUGACAUUCAGGGACAAAUCGGCCUCGUUUUUAAUAGGUUUCUAAUAAGUUGCUUCCUAAGAGUUGUAAAUAGCUUUUAAAAGUUGUGUUUAGCAUCGCAAAUAUGCAUUUUAGUUUGUGUUCAGUCAGCGGCGAUCUAUGUAUGACCUUUGCUGUCACUUCAGUUUUACGACUCAACGAAUGCAAACUCUUUAGAUUUAUAGAUUUCUGUCUUGAGAACAAAAUCUGAUGCAAUAAAUUAUUUGUUUACUCAUAUUACCUGUUUACUAUGCUACUUGUUGUACAAGUUCGUUCCGACCGUUUAAAAACGUCCAACUUUGGAAAAGAAGAAGCAGCAGCAGCAGCCAAAAAAAACAAUUCAACACACAUAUUCCUCCGAUCGCAUAUGAAAAUAGACCACGACGGAAACAGUGAGGAAGAACCGAAUGCAGAUCCUUGUUUGGAAUUACAACUACAGUGGACUGACAAUCAAAACCAAGGAGCGAUUUUAACGUCUCCAAUUGACCUCCAAAUUACCUUUCCUAACCGGCUCUUUACCUCCUUGAUAUCUGCUAUCUCAGGAGGAUUUUCCUUCAACUUGAAUUAUUAGGAGAACGGCUAAAAAAAAGAGAAAAUCGAAAGACACACGGAAUUCCGACGUCACUUUCGCAUUACCCAUAGUACACCCUACCCCUUCUCGAAUUUUGCAUCAGCGUUGUUUUCGCUUUCUCUUGUGACGAUUCUAUUUUUUAUUUAUUACUUAGAGGAAAUUGAAAACAAUUCUUAUGCAAAAUUCUGGGUAAUAACCAACGCGGAUUAUGUGAAAAUGGCAGAUUUCAGACCUUUAGCAGGUGGGUUCAUUUCACGUGCGUUUUUAACUGAAAAGGAGGUUUCACGUGUUCGGAACUGAGUACGGCCUGUUUCAAACGUCGAAAAUCCAAAUAUGCCGAAUUUAAUACUAACGAGGAAAUACAAGUUGCUCUCGCUCACUUGCAAAACAUAUGCGGUUUCCAUAAUAUCUGGAUUCAUGUGUACGGGGCCUUUAACCCUUUAAAUUCUAAGAUCAAAAUUUGAAUUCUUAUUUGUUGCCUUUACUCAUUUCCUACAGAAGUUUAUUUAUCUUAUUUACUGUAUAUGAUGAGAAGUAAAAAAUGAUCAUGAAUAGACCCUUUGACUUUGUUUUCAAAUUUUGACUGGAAGCACUCUAGUAAGCAAAAAUCUGUCCACACUGCAUGAGAGAACGCCUUAAAUUAAUGUAAUUAAAGUUGCCUAGUUUGAAAGCGAUAUGUUGAAAACUAACGAAGAUAUAGCUCUGCAACGUCUCUGAAUUUUACAGUCGGUUGUUUUGCGAAGAGUGCAGAACAAAAACAGCUGAUCUAUAUAUAAAAAAAAAAAAAAAACAAUUUAAGAUGUAGUCACUGCGAGUUCUGCAAAAACAAGUUGCGUUUUGAUAACUACUUGAUGCUGUUUUAUGACACACGAGAUUCCCUGGACAGUGAGUUUGCUAAACCUACGUGACUGCAAAACCAUACACAAUCAGGCUGACGCUCUCAUUAUCACAUUCGUUAGCAGAAUUUAUUACACGAUUUCUCUUAUACUUUACAGGACUCUAAAUCAACACGCAUCCGCGCCACCCUUGUUUACAUUUCAUAGUCUCACUGCCCACAUAGCUCCGAAUCAACACACAUUCUCACCAUAGUUGCAAAAGCUUUACUUCACUUUCUACUUUAUAUUUUACACAAUUUCAAAUAAUAAUAUAACAAUAUAAAAACAUUCUUACCAGAAUCGAAUUCACACUCAUAUUCACAUUGCAUCUGUAGCAGAUGUUCUUAUUUCACGUUCUCCUUUGUUUAGACUCCAAACAAAAACACAAUCGCACCCACGUUCACAACCAUAUUCUUGUUUUAUUAGAUGGCAGUUAUGUCACGUUCAUGUUUUCACUAAACGGGGGUUUCAUGUUUCAACAAGCCGUGCAGACUUAAAUCUUGCUAUGGUUAUCUGUUGAACUUAAUUCUAUUAUAAAAAGCAAGUCAGUGUUUGUUGACUCCCGCAAUCAGUGCUAUAAUAAAUAUACACCAAGUCGAAUGCGGAUAAAUUAUUGCAAAGCUUCAAUAACAAACAGUGAAAAAACAGAAGAAAAUUUCAGUAUACCUUGCAACAACUUCAGUCAGCUCUCGUCGUAGAUGUAACUAAAACAGAACAAAAUAUUCUAUCUGAAUCUAAGAUCUCUGAAUCUUAGAUUUUAUUGUGUGCUUUCUCUAAACUUUUUACUUGAAAUAUUUGGAAAAGCAUUUAUCAAUAACGUCCGAGUUUAUUGAUUUUCCACCAGGUGUUUCUCUUUGCGUGUACUUAACAACUAAAAAAAAUUAACGCGUGUUCAGUAUAUAUCUUUUUUUUUUCGCGCCAACACUUCCCGUACCUCUGGGAAACUAGCCUGCGAGCAAGCUGUCCGGGGUGCUCUGGCGGAGGGGCGGGAAAAGGAACUACGUCUCUGAAAUUUGAAUUCCACCUCCAAUUCCCCUGUGGCUCGCCGUUGACUGAGCUUUUUUCAGAUUUUCGCCUAUCAGCGCGAAGCAGAAACAAGGGCGAAUGUAAACAAAUACAGAAAAAUACGUGCCUAGGUUAAUGACGUCAUUACUAAUGUCAUCUCCGCCAAUCAGCAUUUCGCACGCUUGUGCUACUUUACGUUAAAAAGCUAAAACUUGUCUUUGCAGCCAUUGAAUUCCAAACCUAAGGGUCCAGAUUUGUUUUUUAAGACUAUAUUUAGGCAUUGAAACUGUUUUGUGUUGUCUGUUGCAACGAAUGACAAGGAUGGACAUGGAUUGAAACUUGAAAAAGUUGGGCCAACUUUUCUAGCUUUGUCAUCUCUAACGGGUAGGGGUUUACCAUCAUCAUCAUCAUCAUCAUCGUCGUCGUCGUCGUCGUCGUCAUCAUCAUCAUCAUCAUCAUCAUCAUCAUCAUCAUCAUCGGAGUUUGUAUUCACUCUUGACAGAGGAACUCCUCCCUGGAUCGAUCGCACAGGUGUCUGUACUUAGUUAAUCUUGACCAUGAGGGUCCGAUCCGUUUGGUGAGAUCGUCUCUCCAUCUUGUUUUUGGGCGACCCUGUUUUCUGGUCCAAUCUGUUGGGGUCCACUCUGUUGCUCUGAUAGGGUAUAUGUCAAUUAAUAAUAAUUAACUUUAAAAACUUCAGUGAUAACACAGGUACCUAUACAGCUCCUUUCCUUUCUGUUCAACGAGUCUCCGGGCAAUCUAAUACUGUGCCAAAGGAAAAAUAUUGGUUUAUUAAAGACCACAUUCUUUUACGAGCUGCAUACUCCGUUACGAUACCGAAGAGAAUUCUUCUCGUGUGUGUCGGUUUUUAUAUAGUGAUCGUCCCAUGCGGGAUAAUCCAUAAAGACAGUAUUGGAUUCCGGAUUCUAAGCACUGGAUUACAGAUUCCAGGUAUUGGUAUUUUAGUAGAACUUGAAUUCCGGAUUCCAAUCGUUAGUGGAAUUCUAACUUCUUGGAGCUGAGUCCCUGAUUCCAAAGCCCAGGAUUCCCUAUUCACAAACAAAAAUUGACCGCAUUCUGGGGAGAUAGUGAGCAAUUACCUUGCCAUCUUCUAUCAUGUCUUAGGGCAGAUACCGACGAAUCUGAAACAGAGUCUUUCAAAGCCACCGUGACGUACGAUGGGAAUGUCUCGUGGUUGGUACCAAAGGUUACCAAGAGUUCCUGUCAAAUAAGUGUUGAACACUUUCCCUUGGAUGAGCAGGUUUGUUUAUGUGAUUUUCUCUUAGUUACAACGUAUCUUCUUCAGUUGAUCUCACUUCAUUAAGGUAAAGCCUUGUUCCUUUUUGUUUGUUGCCAGUUGGCAUUCUCUUAAUUUAUCGUAUUUAUCGCCGGGGGUGGGGGAGGAUUUGGGGCUAAACAAGGUGAAAUUUAGCAGAUCCCCCCUUGAAUGUUGCUUCAUUUGAGUUAUCCCCCCUAAUAACUUUUGAUGACUUUCGCGAUUCCCCCCCCAUGUCCUCAUUAAUAAUGAACGGUCCCUAAGUCCAUUUAUAGCUCGCCCCAUGUAAAGGCAGUCUUGGAUUCUGGAUUCUACGCCGUGGAUUCCGGAUUUCUUGUCAGAGGAACUUGGAUUCCGAAUUCCAAUGUUUAGCAGGAUUCCGGAUUCCUUUAGAUAAAUUACGGAUUCCACAAACAAAAAUUUUCCGAAUUCCGGAUUUCAAAGCAAAAAAAUUCCCUAGUUCCCUUCCGGAAUCCGGAAUACCUUACAUGAGCCGAUCUAGCAUAAUCGAGUUAUCAUUUUAGGGUUUACUUCCUCUAUAUGGGUAGCUGAAAUUAAGCCAGUCUUCAAAAUUGUAAUUUUUUUUAGAUGUGCAAAUUAACGUUUGGCUCAUGGAACUAUGACAUUACGAAGCUCAACAUCUCCGCUGCCAGUCGGACUGUCUUCACAAGCGAUUACAUCGCCAAUGGAGAAUGGGUUCUGAUCAGUGCGCGCUCUGAACGUAGCCUUAUGUCACAUCUCUGCUGCAAAAACAUGGUGUCUGGGGUAUCUUACGUGCUCCAUAUCAGGCGUCUUCCGCUGUUUUAUGUCACAAACUUCAUCAUACCGUGUGCGCUUAUAUCUGUUCUGACACUCCUGGUGUUUCUCAUGCCUGAAGGUUAGACACGCUGCUUUAAUAUUGUAAAUUAGUUUUUCAGUCUGAGGUGAUAAGGAUUUUAAGUGAUUAUCCUAAAGGGAUUCUUAAACUGGUGUUUCAAACGAUAUUGAGUCACACAGCAUGGUAAUCUAAGGAAUCAGUAGUGAAUUGUAUGCGGCUUUCGAUUUAACGUAGAGCAACACUACUGGUGGCCUGGGAACUAGGCAUCAGGCAUUCAGAGUGAGCGUGUUACGUCACCUUCAUUUCUGUUUUGAUGCCGUACCACAUACCCCUCUCUUAGUUAUUCCAUCCCAAGUAGGGUCGUCCCCCAGCUGUCUGUUUUUUUGACGGUUCUAUUCUAUGCUUUCGGCCAGUCAGCCAUUUAUUUUAAUACUCAGUCAGUCAGGGAGUCAGUCACUUGGUCUACCAGUCAGUCAGUCACUCACUCACUCACUCACUCAGUCAAAGAGUCAGCUGGCCACUCAGAAAGUUCACGGUCAAUUGGCCAAUAAGUCGAACGGUAAAUAUUACCCACCCGACGAGUGACAAACAGAAAAGCAGUCAGUUAAAUUCUACUGGUGAUCAAACGUUUCUGUCUGCCUUCAUCUGUAGUAUAUUUUCUUCGUUGUCUUAAAUUCAGACACUGGUGAACGAAUGGCAGUGGGAGUCACAAUUCUUCUAUCGCUGGCUGUAUUUUUUUUAAUGGUGGAAGAGAAAAUGCCCGUUUCAGAAGACCUUCCGUUGAUUGGUAAAUACUACAGUUGCACCAUAAUAGAGGUAUCAGUAUCUCUAGCGGCCAUGUGUUAUGUACUGCGCUAUGUACACCAUAGGUCUGGUCCAUUGCCUCACUGGAGAAAGGUCAGUAUAACAUUAAAAUUUAAGAUUCGGCCCAUGCAAGGGAAUACAAGUCAGUCUUGGAUUCUGGAUUCCACCCGUGGAUUCCGGAUUCCAUGAACUAGAUUCCAAUUUUUUUACCUGUGGAACUUGGAUCGUUAGUAGGAUUCCGGAUUCCUUGUGCUGUAUUCUGGAUUCCAAAGGCUUGCAUUCCGGAUUCCACAAAUCAAAUUUCCCCCAUUCUGGAAUCCGGAUUCCUUUACAUGGGGUGACAACAUAUUCUCAUCUUACUCAUCUAAUCAGCUGAAGCCGUUUAACGACUUGGGAUUCCGACCUGACUUGCAGAAGCGCAUCAGUUCAACUAACCAUUCGAUAAUCGCUACGUGACAAACUGGAGAUCAGGGAGGAGUUUUUAGUUCGUAAACUACCCCGUGAUAAUGAACAUUAAGAUGAAUUUGGUUUUGUAACACAAUUGAUAAGUGAGAUAGUUUUUUAUGUUAUCCGAAAGAAAUUGUCUGUUACUUAUUGCAAUACCUUCAAAGUGGAGCCCGUUUACGAACUAAACUAUAAAUAAACGGCCGGUUUUUAAUAUCCGCCCAUCCCUCACACGACUUUCCCUUUUCCCUCCUGAAUCGGUCCCAGAUUUAACUCCCAACUGUUGUUAUAGUUGUUUAAACCUUCCCUGGUGGGAGGAGGGGGUGGAUGGAGGGGGUGGGGAGGGGUUGAGAAGCGUUUUCAGGGCUCAUUUCUGUCGAUGAACACUAACCUUUUCAUUAGGAGGCCAGCAAUUUGAGUUCAAUAAACGUGGCAAUAUAUGCGCACUUUUGAGUUACAUUCACUCGACCAUUCGACUGACAAAGCAGGCUUUUCGUCCGAAAUUCACGAAAGGCCUUUUUUGUUUGCCAGAAAUACAUUCUAGGUUUCUUGGCGCGGGUGGUUUUUUACAACACCGGACACACAGAAACGCGUGAAAACAAGGCACCGAGGGCACAACUACAACUGGACACUCGAGGUUCCCGAGCGACCGAAGAAGAAGGCCGGACAAAAGCAAGGAUUACCAUGAAAAAGUGGAAAAAUCGUAAGAUAAGGGACUUUUUAGCUCAUAGAUUUACCGGUAUUUUCUAUCUCCAGGCUAUAGAAUGCAACUUGCAUGGCAACAGCAGUUGUUGAACGGGGAGGAGGCCUGACCAAUGCUUUGUUGCCACCCCUCCCCUGCUUCUUCUUACCCCUACUCCAUUCGUAUUUACCAAGGUCUCUUUCUCCUUUAUAAUUUCUACCCACGAACGCAGCCAUGCACUGACAAGAUUCCUGGAUCCUCACGGCUGUAUACUGGGCAUAAUCAGUGUUUUGAGUGUAGUUUUUUCAGGUUGGUGUUAUGCGAAAACGUAAAUAGCGAUUGUGGUACCUUCCAUGCACUGACUUCGUUCUAGAAAUCUAUAACCCUUCUUGUACCUAACAAACCUCUUUUUUUUACUUUUUCUUUUUUUGUUCACUCAGCAACGAUUCCAAAAAAGAAAUCCGACCUCCCAGCAGCCGAGUCUCGAGCGGUCAAAAUCCUCGCGGAAAACGUUAAGGAAAAUGACAAGACGGGUGAAAUACACGAACAAUGGCUGCUAGCGGCGAAUGUUCUUAACAGGUUCUUCAUUUGGCUGUUUCUUAUCGCAGUUAUCAUCACUAUUAUAGCUGUGUUUACUGAGGAUACAAGGAGACUUGAAACUUAGAUAUCACUGAACCCAGGUUGAAAUUUUAAUGGAUUUGAUCGAGGGGCGAUCGACGUUUUGACUGAAAGAUGAGAAACGAAAGAACGAUGGA